AUGCUUAGUUGCAGAUGCUUUAAGGAAAACUGCUAUAAUAAACCUGCUGGGAAAUGUAAAUGCGAAAGAAAUGUACUAUUUUUCAUUGAGCAUGCACCUGAGCAUUUCCAAAAACCCUGCAAUAGAAGUCAUCAAUGGCUGAGCCCUGACAUCAAGCCAGCAGAUGAAAUCAGCCAACCAAUUAUUAUAAAGCUGAUAGAGCUCAAAAAAGAUAUUCAUAUUUGCUUUAAAUUUCCAAAAGCAACGCUAAAUAUAAACUUAAUAUUUAUCUUAGAAAAGUAUAAAACUAAUUAAACCAUGGGUUUAGACUAUUGAAAAUUGCAUAUUGAAGGAUAUAGAAAUAAAAUAAUUUCAGAAGCAAAUGAAGUAAUCAACAACUUUAAAACUACAUUUGGGGAGUAUCUAGAUCAAAUUAAUAACAUAGAAAAAAGAUGAAGUAAAAUCAUUGAAGGACUGAUGAGUGGAGAAAAGUCUCUUGAUGACUCUGCUGAAGAUGAUAUGGAAAAUGUGUUUAAACUUUAUGCUGAAAGAGCCCCUAGAUGAGAUUCAAAACAAUAUUGUUUGGACUAUAGCGAAAUAUAUGCAGCUAUAAGCAAAACUUAUGAAAUUCCUUUUAAUCCUUAAAUAGUAAAAUGGUGGCACGUGUCAACCUGCCCUCUUGGUGCAGCAGUCCAGGCUUUAUGGUUAUGGGAACUGGGACGGACUCCGAGCUGAAGAAUCAAGUGGAGGCUCAAGAGAUAUGUAUCCGGGUAGGCCUUGGCUGCUUUCCUGUCGUUGGAAAUUGAUGUGCUCAACAAUUUCCUUUGGAUCCAAGGAUUCGUGGGCAUUUCCUCUGCUGAGAAACUGAGGGCUUCAGCCCAGACCCCAGGGGAGUAUUUUUUUCCUGUAGCUGUCGAAAAAAGGCACUUCAGCACCCAAUAGACUGCGAGAAUCCUUGGGAUCAAGCUACUCCAAUCCCCCAUAGCAGGGCUGCAGAAAUCCAGAAGCACUCAAGACAAGGAAGUGACAAGGGCACUAGUAAUAGGGAUAUCCCUUUGGGCUGGAGUCGAAAAGCGGUAGAACCUCCCUUAUGGGAGAUCUUUGAUAACUGCGUCACCAAUAUGGCUAACGCCUAACUUUUAAUAAUCCUAAUCCUUUUAAAGAGGCCAUAGAAGAUACUAUUAAAUCAAGUGAACUAUCAUUUUUUAUGAGUAACUCUCAAAAUUUCACUACAAUAAAUUUAGAUAGCUUUAAGAUAACUUCUAUAAUAAGCCAACUAUUUUACUACCCCCAAUUUAGCAUAAAUAUUUUAUUUUAUUAAUAUAAGUUAAAUGAGCCUUAAAGUUUGCAUUUCGAAAGAUGAUGUAUGUAAACUUUCGUAACUAAUAUACGGUUACUCUUCCAGUUCAGGAAAGAAUUCAUCCAUAUACCUCAAGCUGUAUGCUGCCUAAUAAAUCGUAUUUUUAUUUCGGCAAUCCAAAUACGAAUUCAGGUCUUACAUUCACAAUUGACAAAAAUUACAAUGUUAAGCAACUGCAAAAGUCAAAACCAGGCAGCUAUAUUGAUUCUGUUUUUUAUGAGAAUUUUAUGUAUUUGAUAGGAGGAGACACCAAUAUGGCUGAAAGGUAUGAUUUCGUCCAAAAUCAGUGGGAAAGUCUAGCUCCAGUACCUCAAGGUUUGAAUUUCGAUUUUAGCUGCAGUUUUUAUUUAAAGAUUCAAUUCUUAUAG